UUUCGGGGGCGGGCGUCGUCGGGACAGGCUUGAGGAGGCCCGAGGAGGAGCCGCGGAACCCCAGCGCGCGGGGAGGCGGGAAACGCGCCGCCGAGGAGGAGACUGGCGGCCGCUGCUGCUGCUGGCUCCCUCAGUCCCCGCCCCGCGGCGCCCCGUCUGCUGCUCUCCCUCCUUCCUCCUGCUGCUCUGCUGCUGCCGGGGCCGCCUGCCUGCCAUUGGGAGCGAGCCGUGCUGAGGCAGCCGCUGCUGGUCCCGCUCCGACGUCGCCGCCAUGAGCUUCUUGUUUGGUAGCCGCUCUUCUAAAACAUUUAAACCAAAGAAGAAUAUUCCUGAAGGCUCCCACCAGUAUGAGCUGCUGAAACAUGCAGAGGCCACUCUUGGAAGCGGCAACCUGCGGAUGGCUGUUAUGCUGCCGGAUGGCGAAGACCUAAAUGAAUGGGUCGCAGUGAACACUGUGGACUUCUUCAACCAGAUCAACAUGCUUUAUGGGACUAUAACAGACUUCUGCACAGAGGAGAGCUGCCCAGUGAUGUCUGCCGGUCCAAAAUACGAGUACCACUGGGCAGAUGGGACAAACAUAAAGAAGCCAAUCAAGUGCUCAGCACCAAAGUACAUUGAUUACCUUAUGACCUGGGUUCAGGAUCAGCUGGACGAUGAAACACUAUUUCCAUCCAAAAUAGGUGUUCCUUUCCCAAAGAACUUCAUGUCGGUAGCUAAGACCAUCCUAAAGCGUCUUUUCAGAGUUUAUGCUCACAUCUACCACCAGCACUUUGAUCCAGUUAUCCAGUUGCAAGAAGAGGCACAUCUCAACACAUCCUUCAAGCACUUUAUUUUUUUUGUUCAGGAAUUUAAUCUUAUAGACAGAAGAGAACUUGCUCCACUUCAAGAACUGAUUGAGAAACUCACUUCGAAGGACAGAUAAACGGAAGUGGAUUUGUGCAAAUCACUUGUUUCUUUAAGCAGGCAUGUGGUGUGUUCAGGAUUUGGGCUACAGUCCUCUACACACUCAUUGAGAUCAAUGAGACUGACUCCUGAGCAAUUGUUUGGAGGACUGUAGACUUUUAAUUUCUUUGUUCUGUUUUUAGAAACAAAAGAAAACUUGUUCUGUUUUUUGUUUGGGCAAUCUAGAUCCAUUCUCUGUGCUUUAAUUAGAGGAACUUUUGUCUUUUAGUGAGGCACACACAGUAAAUGGCUUUUUGUUAUUGUUAAUUGUGUAAUUUUUUUAGCUGAUGUCGAGUGUUUAUAAAGGAAAAAAAACAUGCUUGUUGGGAAAUGUGACACUGCUGGUUGCAUGGGUUCUGCAUUUCCAGUUGUAGCCCAUUCUCAGAAAGUCCUUAAGAGACUUAACAAUUCUCUAAGUGCCUUGGCAGACUCGCUUCUGAGGUACAAAGCACAUACAAAGAAUAUUGCUGAAAACACAAACUGCUACCCAGGACAUUUAUUAACACUUGUUAUAUAUAAAUAUAUGUAAAACGCAAAAAAAAAGAAAAGAAAAAAGCAAAGCCAUAACUUCUGUCGGUGAUCUCCAGCUUUUAAUACAAAGCAAUGCCUUUAGAGAUGAAUGUGGGCUAUGGAGCAGGGGUGGGGAGAAUAGAGAGGCUGUCAUUUUAGAUCUGCCUUUUGUCCUGCUCAGCAAGCCCAACUCGUAAGUCUUGCAUCGGGGAGGACCAAGGAUAGGGUUGACCACUUUCUUCUUUGCAGUUUAUAUUUGUGCUCCAAAUGUUAGCUUUCAUUUAGAUCGAGUAGUAUAAUUAUUUUGAUGGUCUGUGCAGCUCAAGCUAUCCUGUAAGAUUUCCCACCCAGUAAAGCAGCCGUCUUGCAGGAGAUCAAGUGAAAACAAAUGGGACAGUCAGCCACGGGGAACAGCAGUGUUAUUAACAGGGAACCAUUUGCUUAAAAUCCUUCUUUUUAAUGUAAGGUGUAGGAGGCCCACUUAGAGCAUGGGUUCCUUGGCAGUUCAACAGGAUAAACGGCCUCAGAGGUCUGUUGUUCUGUGGUCUUCUUGCCAUUCGAUGCCUCGCGAGUACACAGUCCCUUUGCAAUCGCAGAUGUACCAUGCUACAGUGACUAAAUGCAGCAGUGUUGUUUGCAUGGAACAGAGUACAGUGGGAACUUUUUGUGUGUGCAUUUAAAUGUAGGUUUAAUUUUAGUUACACUAAUUUUUAUGUAACUUUGUCAUCUUCCUCUUGCUUCCACGCUCCCCUCCCUUCUCUUUUAAAUUAGGAAAAGAACCAGUAUUGUAUAACUAGGCAUCUAAGCCACCAUUACCAAGCAAUUUAUAAACCUUUGUUCAGAGACAUUCAGGGUUGAAUGUUGAGAACCUUGGGACUUUUCAUCCUGAGAAAUUCAGAUUAUGAACCUUCUCCAUAAUUCCCAUAUACAAGUAUCUGUGUCAGGUUUUUUUCACAGUUCAAUAUACAAACAGAUCAUUCCUGGACAUCUGAAUCUUGCUGCUUUCCUGAGUAUUUAGGUGUUGAGCCCAAAAUGUUGUUGUCUAUUUUUCUUGUUGAAAUCUCCUACCUUUCAGCUGUUCUUGGAUCAUAGUUUGUACAGCUUGAAUUUCACAUGAUUGAAAAACAUGAGUUGGACUAUGUAGGCUGGAAAGGUCCAUCCUUGGAUGAAGUUGAUCCGAAGACCAUUUCACACAUCAGUGUCUUAAUGACUACAUGUUAGACAUAUAUUGUACACCCCUGUGAUGGACCGGGGGAUUAAUACCAUAAUGUUUCAGGUGCAUGCAUUACCUUUUUAAAAAUCUGGUGUAAACCAUAGCUUCUCAUAGUAUGUUUUUUUGCAGUGCACAUAAGAUUACAUACAGGUAAUGCUUUAAGUAUUACAUCUUUAGCAGGUGUACAUCAUAGUCUGCAGCUUGUGAAGCGGUCUUGAGCUAUUUGUAACUCAUAAGUCAAAAAAGUGGCAGGAAUUGCAAUAAAUGCCAUGAUCGCAUUACCUAGCUCUGCUUAAUUUAUGCUCUUGACCUUGAUAAUUUGGUAGCCCCUUGAUGACUGUAAGCUGGUGCAUGCAGAAUUGCAGUUCUGCAUGCAGACACAGCAAAAUUAAUCAUCAGUAAUUUGGGUGCUAUUUAAUAGGACCAUGCAGUUGGUAAAAGGGAAUUUCUGAUGUCAAAAAUCCCAGCCCCCACCACCAGAAGGCAUCAGAAUGCGGGGCAAAUGCCAUGGGUAAUGCAGUAGUAGUGGGGCUCCUUUAACUGCCCACCCAGCACUGGUGCGUGGGCAGCUAGGCAGUGCAUAGUGUUUUAGGAGCUGGCAAGCCCACGUGGCUGCUGGGAGGAUGCACAGGCUUCUGAGUUCUGAUGCCUCAGAGCAGACCUAGCAGACCCAGAAGCCCAUGCGUCCUCCCAACAGCCUGCCUGUCCUCCUGGAAGUUCCCAAAAUUCACGGUGCCACCCAUCUGCCCCCGCACUAGUGCUGGGUGGGCAGUUAAAGGGCCACCACUACUGCAUUGCUCAGGGCACUUGCCCCAUGUUCUGAUGCCUUCUGGUGAUAUGGGCUGGAAUUUCCAAAUGUGGAAAUCACCCUUUACUGACUUGUACAGUCCUCAUAUUUCAAAUGUGCAUGUGACACUGUUUUCAUAUGCUGGUUUUGUCCAAACUUGAUUUUUAGAGGUCAGGUUUACAAUCCUGAAAUUGGAAAUUCUAAUACAUGUUUGAGGAUCAAUAUUUCUCAAGUCAAGAUAUACAGACAGCAGUCUGUAAGAACAGUUCCUGCUUAAAACUUCCCCUCCCUCUUUCAUUAUCUUCUAGGGCAUGACUCCCCACCCAUCCACCCCCAAGUCACCCAUAGAAACAUUCUUGAAUAAACUCUUUUGUGUUAGGGUUGUAGAUAGUACUUUGGCCAUAAUAUUUGCAUUAAAUAAUUUUGGGUCUUGAGAGCACAUUCUUCUAGGGACUAUGACAAAUCUCUUAUAUGGAUAUGAACAGAAUGUAUUAUGCAUCAAAUGUUAAUUGGGGAAAAACAGUUAGCAAGAACUUUGAUUUGUGUUCAUUGCUGACCAAAGUCAGAUAAUAAGUUUGGAGAUCACUGCCUGAGAGUGCUGUUGGUUAACCUCCUGUUGAUUGCAUUAAACUUGAAGUCAAAAACAUUGAAGAUAUUAGCACAGUGUUUAGAAAUGGGUAUCCCUUUUUUAAUAUUACAUUAGGGACUCCUAGUGUGUAUUUUCUUCAGUGGCCUUGAGGCUCCAAAAUUUAUUGUUUUAAGAAGGGUGUAUUAAAAUGCUAAUCCAAAAAGUCCUUGAAUUUUUCAGCUGAAUAAGGGUAUUGAAAAUUGAACACUGCAAGAGAACAAAAAAAAAGUUGCAGUAUAGAUCUGGAUUGUAAUCUUAAAAGGGAUAUUCUUCUAGAUUCUGGAUUGCUUUUUGAUAUUAAACAUUGGAUAUUCAGAACCUGGUAUAAAUAUUGGGAACAGGCUACCUUUCUAGUCGCAGCCAGCCAUUUAUUAACACUAUUUCCUUCUACUGUGAAGGAAGAGCCUUAGAACUUCAAAAGAGUCUGAACAGUUUUGCCAUUAUUCCAGCUACCAGUGUGCUGUCUCAUACUGGUUGAUUUUGCUAACUUCAAGAGGUAAGCUACCUCCAUUAGAUAAGCCUGAGCAAAACUGAUGGCAGUCAUAAGAACAGGUGCAAAUCCAUUGAAACCAGUCGUGUUGUGCUUUCUUAGGCUAGUGAUUAAUUUGAUACAGAGGGUUUACAUAGUUGGGGAAAUUUUUUUUAACUUCUGGCCUCAGAAAAUGUAUGUCUACUUCGCAUAUUCAUGUCAGGGAUCCAUGAUAAUUGUGCAAAUAUUUAAAAGCCCCACAUUCUGCUGUUAAUAUAAUGGCUUUAGAGAGAACAACUUUCAAAAGGACAAAUAGUUAAAUUUUCUUUUACUGCUUACUAUGCAAUGUAGAACUCUGAAUAUUUGCAGUUACCUUAAGAUAGAAAUGGAGGCUCUGUCAAUAUUUUGAAACUGAAAUCUCUCUGGAACCUUCUUCACAGGCAAAAGGCCUAUUUGCUGCUAUUGACUUUUCCUAUCUUUCAGAUUGUUUCCUUUCUCUUCUUUAAGCCCUUGCCUUUGAUUGCCAUACGACGUUUUUAAUAAAAAUGUUUUGUUUUGGAAAGCUCUUCAACCAAUCAACAUUUUACUUCCUGGAAUACUAUAUUAUAGGUAAAAUGCCAGCUUUCAUAUUAAUAUUGUUGAAUCAUAACAUGAAGGUAGAUCUGCCAAUUUUUCAACUGCAAAAUUUCCACAUUGCUUAAUGCGUUAAUUUUCUUUUUGUAUUGCAUUUCUUUUAAUGGGUAACCUCUAUUUGGGUUUUCUAGACUGCAUUGCUAGAACCACUAGCCACUUUAGAAGAAAUAUUAAACAUUUAUAUAAAAGUUUAGUUACUAUUUUAUUUCUGUCAUUUGUACACAUAGUUUCCUCCUUUAAAAAUAAAUAAAUAAAUAAGCUCCCUUCUAAAAUUGCAGUGUCACUCAGAUUUUAAAAUUCUUUUUCUGUUUGCUUGGCUUCUCCCCGCCCCCCACUGUCCUUUCAAUAGUUUUUCAUAGAUUACUGUAUUUUUAGGAAAAAUUAAUUUUUAUAGCCACUAAACUGUACUCAUUAUUUUUGUACAUGUAUAACUAAGUCAUUUGGGAACACAAGUCUUUUGAAAUGUCAUUUGGUUCCAUGAUGUUUUGGAUACAUUUAUUCGCAGAUGUUGUGUUGCUAAAUAUUGCCAUAAGAAUAAAAUACCUUUGACUGAUGUGAAGCUCGGUGGAGGGAAAGCUUAAGUAUUCCUUAAUGGUAGUCCUGGCACUGGGGACUGCAGACAGACCCACAUAAUUCCCAUGGAUUGGCUUGGUCUUAAAUGCAGUUUAGGGGAAGAGAGCCUAGAAAAGCACUAGGAUCUGUUGCUUGUACUUGACUUCUGACAUAGUUUGCACACAGGAACGGGCGGUAUGCAGAGUGCAUCUGCCAUGGCCGCUGGUCUCCAGUGUGAGUGAGGACCAGUUUUAUACAGCCAGCAGAAUCAGCUAGUAAAGAUUUUCCUGGAUUGUACCGCUUGAAACUAAAUUUUCUGAGGUAUAGCAUGUUUGAAUCUGGGCUGGGGAAACUCCUGCAAAAGCAGAUUGCAUUCAUGUCCUUGACAAGUUAACUUUUAUUUGUUGAUCUGUUUGCAUAUAUCCAGAUAUGCAACCUCUCUCCACUUGCAGUUUGAUGUGGUACAGCCCAAGAUCAGCUUUACCCCUGUAUUCUGCUGAUUGUAUAAUUUAUCUUGUGCUUUACUGAACUCUUUGCUCCCUGCUUGAUUUUUAUGCUGUGUCUGGGAUGUGCCUUCUUGCAUAAGCUUACCAGAGACCCCCAAAAUUUGGCACUGGGUGUGCUUACCAGAGCAAAGGUAUUGUAGAUGCAACACUGUAAUAGUCACAUCUGCUUCUUUAAAUAUUUCAAAGCAGCUGGAGGAAAAAAAAGGCUUAAAAUAUAAAAUGCAACACAGAGACCUGUACUGUAAGCGGACUGUGCCAAUAUUACUUCAGUUUGUACUCAUUAUUGAUCAAUACUUGUUUUAAAUGAAAACAGCUUUUUGAUUUAAAAAAAGUUGAAUGUCUGAAAUUCUGCAACACAGUGUAUUGGAGAGAUGUAAAUAAUGUAUACAGAUUGUUGUAAGUGAUGGGAUGAAAAAAUAUAUAAAUUCUAGGCUUUUUAAGUAAGGAACUGAAUGCUGUUUAUAAGAAGAAAAAUAAAUAGCUAUGUUUGACCAUGAUUGCCUUUUUUUCCUUCUCAUCCUAAUUCAGUUUUUAAUUCCUGGAUGGACUUCACUAUCUGUACAUUGUACACAUCUGAGCAUUCCACAUACAAAUUACUUUGUGUAGUUACCUCACUUGAAUUUGUGAAUUAUUUGUAUUGCAAGCAAAUCUGAUGGCAAUAAAAUGAACCUGCUGUCCUUCCA